AUGCUCAUAUUACCAAAAAUCAUACAGGCGCUUGAAUGGUUACCCCAAAUACCGGGCUUCGAGCAAGGUGAAACAGAGCAUGCACUGGCCCACUCCUCCUUGCCACUGGUGUUCUGGCAUGGCAUGGGUGACUCGUACAACUCAAGUGCAAUGCGAAGGGUGGAAGAGAUAGCGAGAGAAGUGGACCCUGACGUGUUUAUUCACUCAGUGUACAUAGAGGCUGAUGAUUCGAAGGACCAGGAGGCUUCUUUGGUGGGAAAUCUUACCAGCGACAUUCUGCUGGUUUGUGACCAGCUACAUUCUUUGCCAGAAAUUGCGGAUGGAUUCAAUGCAAUUGGAUUUUCUCAGGGCGGAUUAUUUCUCAGGAGUGUAAUGGAAAUGUGUGGUCAUGAUUUGAGGAUGAAAACGCUGAUCACGUUUGGCUCGCCUCAUAACGGGGUAAAAGACCUACCGCCAUGUAAGCCUGGAGAUUUUGUUUGUAAGAGCAAAAAUCAUCUGCUAAGGAGUCAAAUAUGGCGUGAAUCUGUUCAGAACUCGAUAAUACCAGCUCAAUACUUCAGAGACCCAUAUCAGUGGGAGGAGUAUCUAGCGCAUUCUAAGUUCAUUGUGAAUGUCAACAACGAUGUUGUGGCCUCCCAGAACACGAGCUAUGCUAAGAAUCUUGAACGACUAGAGAAAUUUGUCAUGGUGAUGUUUGAAAAAGACGAUAUGGUGGAUCCGAAGGAAAGUAGCUGGUUUUUCGAUGUGGACCGAGAGACAGGGAAGUUAUUAUCGUUCGAAGCAACCGAGUCAUAUCAAGACAACAGAAUUGGUUUGCAAACGUUACAUCAACAGGGAAAAUUGGUUUUUGAAAGCAUUGAUGAUGUUCAUAUGGCUAUUGGGAAAGAUGUGUUCAAGCAGAUUUUGAUUGAGAAUUUGUUGUGA